AGCAACCGCCAUUUCUCUGUGUUGGUCGGUCGUUGGUUAUUUUUUGCUCUCUGGUUAUUUUUUGCUCUCUCCCACCAGACAUUCAACUCUCCAAUCUGUCAUUCUCCUCGGAGCAAAGGUGGAGGACGAGCUUCUCCGCUCUUCCCAGCUUCAGUUUCUCUCCGGAACCUUUCAGAAUUCCGAUCCCCUUUGCGCCCUAACAGUCAAAUUACUUCGUCCGUGUAAAAAAAGAAAAGAAUUUUUUUUUUUAUUGUCGCCACCGCAGUGCUCCGUCAGCUUCAUGGGCUUGCAUGUAUCGUUGAUGCGGUCGGCAUCGUCUUGAGGACACUUCAAUUUGACCGGAGCAUAUACCGAUUCCUCCCUCAAUUGAAUGCCCCUUCUGCUUCCGAGGUAAAUGUUGCUCUUUCUUGGCCGUACGGGUCCCAAGCUGGGAAGUCGAGUUCGAUGAUCUUAUCGGUAUAGCGGGCUGGUUUCCGGGUUGGUUAAAGUUGGGAGCUUUGAUUUGAUCAGCUGGGAAUUUGAUUACAAUGGCGGAUUCUGAGGCAAGUCAUGGGACGUCAGACUUGGGGAGUGAUGGGAAGAAGAGGGAAGGGGGAGAGGCUGCUGGUUCUAGUGGAAUUGAAGAGACAUCCCCUGAUUUAUUGAGGAACACGCCAUCUAACAUUGCGAGGUUGGAGGAUGUUAUUGAGCACAGUAAAGGUCGUCAGAAGUAUCUCGCUCAGACCGGGAGUCCAUCCGAUGGUAGCGAUGUCCGGUGGUACUUCUGCAAGGUCCCUUUGGCCGAGAAUGAAUUAGCUGCUUCUGUUCCCCGCGCUGAGGUAGUUGGGAAGAGCGAAUAUUUCCGAUUUGGUAUGAGAGAUUCUCUUGCAAUAGAGGCAUCUUUUUUGCAGAGAGAAGAAGAGUUGCUUUCGGAAUGGUGGAAAGAGUUUGCAGAAUGUAGCGAUGGACCAAGAGCUCGUAUUUCAGCUUCCAGUAGUAAAGGAUCCGCUGCUAAAGCUGAUGAACCAACUGAACUCUAUGCAAUUGCGGAGGAGAGAGUUGGUGUUCCUGUGAAGGGAGGCCUAUACGAGGUUGACUUGAUAAGAAGACAUUGUUUUCCUGUUUAUUGGCAUGGCGAAAAUCGCCGCGUCUUACGAGGACACUGGUUUGCUCGCAAAGGAGGUCUUGACUGGCUUCCACUCCGUGAAGAUGUUGCUGAGCAGUUAGAAUUUGCAUAUCGAUGCCAGGUCUGGCAUAGGAGAACAUUCCAACCAUCGGGAUUAUUUGCCGCUCGAGUGGAUUUACAAGGCUCUACACCAGGAUUACAUGCACUUUUCACUGGAGAAGACAAUACCUGGGAGGCAUGGCUCAAUGUUGACUCCUCGGGUUUUUCCAGUGUCGUUGGCUUAAGUGGAAACGGCAUUAAGCUCAGACGUGGCUAUUCCCCAUCCCAAUCACCUAAACCAACACAGGAAGAAUUACGCCAACAGAAGGAGGAGGAAAUGGAUGAUUACUGUUCCCAGGUUCCCGUCAGGCAUGUAGUAUUCAUGGUUCACGGUAUCGGUCAAAGGUUGGAAAAAUCAAACUUGGUGGAUGAUGUGACCAAUUUUCGGCAUAUCACGGCAAGUCUAGCUGAACGGCACUUAACUUCAUACCAAUGUGGUGCUCAGAGAGUUCUCUUCAUCCCCUGUCAGUGGAGGAGGGGUUUGAAGCUUAGUGGUGAAGCUGCAGUUGAUGAAAUUACUCUCGAGGGUGUUAGAGGUUUACGAGUCAUGCUCAGUGCAACAGUUCAUGAUGUAUUGUACUACAUGAGCCCCAUCUAUUGUCAGGAUAUUAUAGACUCGGUUUCCAAUCAAUUGAAUAGGCUAUAUUUGAAGUUCCUGAAAAGAAACCCCGGGUACGACGGAAAGGUUUCAAUAUAUGGCCAUUCUUUGGGGAGUGUCCUUUCAUAUGAUAUCCUUUGUCACCAAGAUAAUUUGUCAUCCCCUUCCCCAAUGGACCGAGUAUAUCAGCAACCAAAAGAUCACAUUGAUUCAGCGGUGAAUAAUGAAAAGGCUCUUGCAUGCUCAUUGACCAAUUCCGAAGGUAGAAAUGUCCAUGAAACAGAGCCUUCUGCUGAUAGCGAGGAGAGUACGGUGGUAACCCCAUCAGCAUCCAGGGAAGAAAAAGAACCCGCAGAGUAUUCUUCCUCUGUUGAACCUUCAACUUCAGGCUUGGAUGACUCUUCUGUGAUCCCAAGCAAUCAGGUAAAUGGAGACCUCUGUGAUCCCAUGGACAUGCUAUCUCGAGAGGGGAAUGGGUUGCAUGAAGCCACGAGCAUGAGUUAUACUGUCUCAGAUGUUACUUCAGGAGCAGUGGCUGCCGAGGAGUCUGAAAAACCAAGAGAAAAAGAAAAGGAAAUUGAUUCACUGAAGAAAGAGAUCGAGCUACUGAAAGCAAAAGUUGCUGAACUUGAAUCUCCCUCUCAUGGAAGAGAUACAGAUGCAGUAUCGCAUCCAGGUAUUGAGUGGUACAAUUUAGUCCAAUUUUCCGCUUCCCCCAUGUCUUCUAAACUGUUGUUUGCCACUGGAACAGGAGCUAAAGAGAAUUGUAUGACCAACGAAAGUGGUACCAGUAAAAGUUAUACCCCUCUUAUUAAGUACACAAAGCUUGAAUUCAAGGUCGACACAUUUUUUGCUGUUGGGUCACCACUUGGUGUCUUCCUUGCUCUUCGCAAUAUCCGCAUCGGGAUAGGGAAAGGAAGGGAUUAUUGGGAUGAAGAGAAUAUAAUUGAAGAGAUGCCUGCUUGCCGACAAAUGUUCAACAUAUUCCACCCAUUUGAUCCUGUAGCAUAUAGAGUAGAACCACUUGUUUGCAAAGAGUACAUUGGCAAGCGCCCAGUCAUCAUUCCUUACCAUAAAGGUGGAAAGAGGUUGCACAUUGGAUUUCAGGAGUUCACCGAAGAUUUAGCUGCCCGGUCUCAGGCAAUAAUGGACAACUUAAGCAAUUUCAGGGCUAAGGUUCUCACAGUGUGCCAAUCAAAAAACAGGGAGAGUCUAGAAGAAGCAGCACAAGAUGGCGAGGAUAAAUAUGAGAGAUCAUAUGGUUCGCUAAUGAUAGAGCGACUUACUGGUAGCGAAGAUGGACGAAUUGAUCAUGUUCUUCAAGACAAGACAUUUGAGCACCCUUAUAUAUCUGCCAUUGGGUCGCACACGAACUACUGGAGGGACUUCGAUACAGCUCUGUUUAUACUGAAACACCUGUACAGAGAUAUACCCGAGGAUCCGAGCUGCCUCUUCCUUGAACCGCCUUCUGGUGCAGUCACACACAAGAACGGGGCUGGAUGGUCAGAUCGGAGAGGAGACGCUGCAGAGGAAGAGCUUCCUCUGACAUUUUCUGACAAGGUCCUCGUGAGGAGUUUCUCUAGUAAAGCCAAGACAUUCAUGAAGAGCGCCAGCUUCCGUGCCUAAGGAGCUUCUGGGGCCGAACAUUAUACACCCACGUAUAUCUACUACAGAUUUCUAGGAAUUUCUCGUCAAGUUUACAACAGAAAGAUCGUGAUACAGGUUUUGUUUAGCUGGUGCUGUUUGUUAUGCAAAUAACUGUGUACAUGGAAGUGUAGAUUGUGCAGAACAAAUGGACAAUUUCCGCUUUCUCGGAUUGUACAGCACACUCGGAAAGAAUACCAAAUGUUCAAUGAUUGUGUCAUUUGCUUGAAAUGAAUAUGUAUUGAACA